UACAAUGACAUUGUGGACAUCAGGACGCGUGUUCAUCAUCGUCCUGGAGUAUCUGGUAGUCUUUAUUUGAGCAUGGAGAAUGAAGAUGGCGCAAGGCCGAUCAGGAACCCGGAACAAGCUCAUAGACGGCCUGGAGUCGAGCACGGCGCGAGUCAAACCGAAAGAGCUGGAGUCGCGGAAGUCGAGUCCAAAUCAGCAUCCUUAAUCUUCAUUAACCACGAGGACAAGCGAUUUGUCUUCCCCUUGGACAGUGCCAAAACUUGGGAGUCGUUCAAACUUCUUCUCGCGCAAAUAUACUCACGUGCAGAUCAUGAUAUCAGAGACGCAGUAUCGUCAAACAACUUCGAUAUACUUAACAUCGAUAAUGAGAUAAUCCUUCCAACAGUUUGGGAAAGCGUCGUCAAAUAUCACCUGCCUCAAGAGCAGAAACAUGGUUCUAUUUGUCACACCGUCAAGAUAGCGUUUUGGCAUUUAAAUUCACAGUCUGUGGAGGAUGAGACCAGACCUUAUGUGGCUUCACGGCCUGCUGAAGCACCCAAACUACACGAUACAGAUGCGGAGAGAGAAGCGACAUACAGGCCGAGAGGUCGUGUCAAUUUGUUUAGAGAUCUCCCAGAACGUUUUGGAAGAGCACGAUCAGAAGAAAGGUCACGGUCUAGGAAGUCGCUGGGGAUAAGAAGAGUACCUUCCACCUCUGAUGAUAUCGACAUUCGGCGUGAGAUUCGACAUGACCGCCGACGAAGCCGUUCGGUCUCUCCAACUCCAAGAUACAUAUAUCGGGAGUCCGAUGACGAAGGCAACAGUGGUAGCGGUGACGAAGACGAAGACGAAGAGUCUUCUACUGAUGACUCCAGCACCGAUCUCAACAAUGCUCCUCGACGUACACAACUGCCACCUCAGCCACGUAAUGUUGGAACCUUGUCCGAUUGUGAUGGAAACAGGUUGAUUUGGCUUAUCGAUACAUCCAAAGUCAAGUUCUCUAAAACGACUAGUACUUCAAACGCCACGAGCAGCGGUGCAGAAACAUCCAAACGAUCUUUUAAUAUGAAAACCGAUAACCUUCGGAUCAUCAAAGCAGUUCAGUCGUUCUCUGAUGCACGAAUGGCCAUUCAAGUCCAUACUCUCCCCGGGCCCGAAAACCCGUCUGUUUCACCAAGCAUCAGCAUUCGUUGGCAUCAUCUUUACGCAGAGACUCUGGACUUCGGACAAUUUAAGCAAGCCUGUUUGGAUUUUCCAGGGUUAUGCAGUCGGAAAAAGAUCCUUAUAGCUGACCUUCUGAAAAAGAUCGAGAAAGAAAAAACCAAAGCUGGUGAACAAGGACUAUUUAUCGAACCUGGAACAGUGCUGCGAGCUGAUGAGAAAUGUCAACAAGACUCAUCGUCUGUCAUAUUCUCCUGCGUACCGCACUAUGACGUGCGCGACCGGACGAAGAAUGGGCUAACAAACGCAGACCGUUUGUUUCGCCCAUCCAGUCUCAUGCAGGCGUAUUAUCCAUACCAGCCUGUAGAAGAAAGAGACUCCGAACAAGCUUUCAGGAAAUUCAGAGGCGGUUCCUCACCGCAAAUUGUCUAUGUUCCCAGCACCUGGAUCAUGAAUAUUGACGCUCACGCGGUCGUAACAUGUGGGUACAACCCUUUAUCUGAAGACUUCGUGAAAUCGAUUGAAAUCGUGGAAGAAGUCAUCAAACCCAGCGUGGAGAGCCACGAUUCCAAGGGAUCCGCUUUGAACUCGAUUACGAACAUUCGACUUCGGGAUUGGGAGGGCCGUGAUCUGCUGUUCACUCCUAAAGAAUGCGAAAGCUAUUUCGAGUUUGAACAAAAGCUUAGGGAGAUGAAGUAUCCGGUACCUGUGACUGACGUCAAGGACCUUCGUCUCGCCUGUGCUAGUCAAGAUAGCCAAAAGGCUGUAUUACCCCAAGAGUGGACAGAUAUUCUGAAGGCACAUAAGGGAUAUUUUCUAGAUCUCACAAUGCUGGACGAACAAAAAGUGGCAGAUAGGAAAGCAGAUAACAUAGAGCUUGGUAGCAGGAACAUCACGAGGAUUGGUGAAGAUCUAAAGGAAGUACAAUCAGACACAUUGGGGGUUCUGCCUUUCUUAUAUUGGCCAAACGGACCCAUCACGGCACAAGAGACCUCCACAACCGGCUUUGGAUACGACACCACUACAGGCGGAACUGCAGCCCGGCAAUCUACAUUUAUUCCCCCGCACGUAAAACAUGCAAUGUAUUGUCUCGAGCAAGUGGAAAAGACGAUGAUGGCUGAGAUUUUAGGGGAAUGGGAUGCAGAGUCCCCAGUGGAGAAGUCAUUCACCUCUACUAAGUACUACGAAGAGCUUCCAGAGUCAACCGUGGAGGAUGUGCGACAAACUCUUAUUUCGCUGCUACAACAUCGCACUUCUCUUGGGAUCGGGUCAAACAACCUUUCAUUGCACCAAAAGAUCGUCGAAGAGCACUACUCGAAACUCGCCAAUUCUGUUGCAACCUUGACAGAGAUACUGUAUGAAACUUUGAAGCUCUUCACCUCAGAUGUCGAUAAGAGUACCAUGCUCCGAAAGCUGUGGGGAUCGGUACAAAAGAUGUACUCUGUAGUCCAACGGAUUCAGCAACGCUGUACCACUCCGAAAACCAGAACCUCCGGUCAAUCUGGUCGUGAUGCAUAUGUGGUUCGCACACAAAGUUCGAUUCAGCAAGGCAAAUUCGUUCCACUUCCGGAUGACGAGGAUGUGAAAAAUAGUAUCAGAAAUUGCCGGACCUGCAAAGCACAUACCAAAUAUUCAGAUCGGGAAGCUGCAAUUAGCCAUCUUCACGAUCAUCUAAAAAGCCAAACAAACCCCAAAGCCAAAACCAAUGUCGACGACUGGGUCAUUGGCACACAAGAGAAGGAAAACGAGGAGACCAACGCGGGACACCUAGCCAUACUGGACACUUCCAUCAAGCAGGCUCGCGUGCUUUUGUCAGAACUGCAACAGUUAGUUGGAGGGGUUAAGAAUGCUGACAGCCAACUUUCUAAGAUUUAUACCUUCCCACACGAGCUUCUGAAAAGUCUACACAGAACCAGCGUCUUUUACUUUGCUGCCGAAAGAUCUCUAUACUUCACAGAGUCAAUGAACUCUCGCGGGACCCGAACCCUAUCUCGUAGAGACAAACCAUACGCAAAAAUGGGCCUGAAGGUUAUAGAACGGUUUGGUGAAAGCGCCAAAUCUUCCAUUCUAUUAGCUCGUCGAGAUCUUUGUAGUAUGGCCCGGUCACCAGCCCCUGAACAUGUAUCGCAACGGCUGUCCCUAGGUCCACUCUAUAUCUGCAGCUGGUUUAUCCGACGCCUUCUCGUGCAGCCCGCGAUUGAUGGAUUGACCGUUGCAGAUAUAUACCGGGAUUACAUUUCCACUCUGCAGUUUGAAGUCAAUCAUAGCCCCAGUAAGCGUCUGCUUCGCUCCAUCAAGCUCGUGCAAGAAGAGCUUACGGCGCUGCAACGAGUAAACGCUUGGCAGAAGAAGCUCAUCCAGUCAUACGACAAAGUUCUUAACGAUAGGACAUAUCAAUUCGAAAUUCUCGAACGAGAAGGAAUGUUCCCAUACGAGCGUCAGGUUCUGGACUCAUGCCUUGAUAAUUUACAGGAUACUCUUGAAGAUUACAACGAACUCUACCGUCGCUGCGAUCCUAUGAGCGAAAGUACGAAACAAUGGUCGGAAAUCAAUGAGGAGAACAACGGCAAAGCCAUCAUGGUUUUCACCAUCGUAACCGUCAUUUUCCUUCCUCUCUCUUUCGUGACAUCGUACCUUGGCAUGAAUACCUCGGACAUCCGUGACAUGGAGAACAAGCAGUCUCUCUUCUGGGAGAUAUCUCUGCCGCUCACGGUAGUGACGAUGGGCGUCAUGCUCUUCAUAGCCUACAAUGGUGAAGAGCUCCGCACCUUGAUAUCUACUGCGUACCGCCGUCUACUCGGUAAGCCCGACCUAAGACCCGCACCCGGUGGCAUCGGCGUCGCGCAGCGCAAACUUGCCCUGAAGUACCGCCCUCAGGCCGGCUCGGAUUCGAAUCUCGAUUACCGUUCUCUAGCAGACGAAGCGGAGUUCUCUCCUACUCCCACCGUAUGGGACGACCUGACCCGCAACCAAAUCGCCAAUUACGAGGACUAUACCAAAACCACCGCAGCCACCUCGAUGAGAUGGGCGCCCCCGCCUCCUCUUCCACCUCCCCUGCCACCUCCACCUGCACUCGAAGUGCCGCCGUAUAGAACAGUGGCCCGAGAGGAUCCGGAUGACCCCGAAUGGUUGGACCUACGCGCCCGAGCCGCUCCCGCAGCGAUCUACGAAACCCCCCGGCAUCAGCGGCGUUACCAGCAGUCGGGCAUGGCGGAUGACUGGCGAGCGAGACGAGCCCGGACAGAGCUUCAAGACCCCCUGUUGCCAGUUGAUACCACUAUGCGAUACCAACCCGUCGUAUUCGACGAGUCACGUGUGAUGCACACGACCGCCGCGGCGCAACAGACGAAAGGGUAUGACUGGGUGAAGAAGAGGAAGCAUAGGAGGCAUGUUUAUAGGAGGGAGCCCGGUUCGUCGGUGUGAAAAGUGAAAUGUUGACUGCUAGGGUGGUAGUGCGGAAGGGAGGUUUUGUGGUCGAUUUUCGCGGGAGAAGUUGCUUUAAAUGGCGGUGGAUGUACUAGGAUUUCGGUCCUCCCUUUUUGGCAGGCACAGUACAGACAAUGAUUUGCAUUGACUACAGGAUGUUUUUGGUGCGAAUAUUGGGAAAGCAUCGUUUGGCAUGUGUUAUAAAAAUAUUCAUGUAGCAUUAGCACACAUAGCACACAGGAUAUCAUUCAAAGCAUAGCAUAGCAAAGCAUUUGUAGCAUUUACAACGCCC